CCCAUUUCCAGACAUAUACGAACGCCCCUUUCUCCUGCUCGUAUAUUCGAGCUUGGGAAAAAAGAAAGCAGAGGAUUCGAUUUCUCAAAUAUUCAACCGACGUUCGAACUACUUCUUAAUCGACAUCCUCUCCCCCUCCUCCUCGUACAGAAUUAAAUAUGGCGACGGAGCAUUCUGUUAUGGCGGUGAUUAGGGCGGCGCGACCGACUUUCCGGAAUUCACACGAUAAGGUGGCUUUUGCCAUCCAUGCUUCUUUCCUCUCCGCUGGCUUCAUCCUCCACUCAACCGGUCCCGCCGCCUUUGUAAACGACGUCCUCUCCUCCGCUUCCACUGAUGAGGUGGGACUUGAGAAUUGGAAUGAAGUUGACGAUAAUUAUGCAUUUGUAUACUCUAAUCCCGACCAGGGUGCACAAAAAGUUCUAGUCAAGUGUCUAGUGAUGAACAAUAAACUUCUUGUUGAUGCUUUGAAGGAAGGUGAUUCCGAACCUCUCCAUCUUGAAAUCGAUGUUAGUGACUAUGCUGAAGAGAAUGCUGCUUCAAAUUACAGUUUCAAGAAUUUGAGGAACCUGAUAGCGGAUGUUGAUAAAGAAAUCUUGGCUAAACUGGAUGGUUCAGCUGCAAGUUCGGCUGCUCAACCAUCAAGUUCUGAUAAGGGGUUGAGAGAUGACAGGGACCGAUCUAGCACAGGAGUUUCCAACCCCAGCAAUCCUUAUGUUUUUCCUCAUCCUUCAGGGGUUAUUGUUCCUCCACUUCCUGGUUCUGGCAGCAGUGAUCUCUUUCCUGGGCCUGGUGCUGGAAUGUAUCCAUCAAGGGGUGAUUUUGGUGGAGGAAGCAUGCUUAUAGGGCCACAUGAUCCCCAGUUUUUUGGAGGAAAUAGAGGAGGUGUGCCUGGUUUACCAGGAGGUCAACCGGGUGUUCCACCUGGUGCCCGUUUUGAUCCUUUUGGCCCUCCUGACGUUCCAGGUUUUGAGCCCGGACGAUUUGUUAGGCAACGUAUGAAGUCAGUACGGUCUGUUACUCACUAGUAGUGUCUUUCCAGUUUCCACUUUGUCUUUCCGGUCAAUUAUUACAUCUAUGAUUGUAGUGCAUGAUCCAAAUUAUCUCAGGUCUUUUCUCAUUUCACUAAUUAUUCUAUCCAUCUUCAAACAUUACAUUUUUUAAAUUGAGUAGUGUAGCAGAUAUCAUAUGCUGGGCCGUUACUCAGCAUCCAUUACUUCCAUUUAAUAAACAUGUGGGCCACAAAGUACUAUAUUUUCUUUUAGCUUUAAAUUCUAUGAGCUUGGUUAGAACCUGUUUCUACUGAAUUUUUUACUGUUAACAUGAUUAUAUCCAAAUUACAUUCCUUAUUGACAAGGAUGACUUCGUCACCAUUCAAUGUUAACAUUUCUUGGUACCAGUUGAUGGUUUCUGUCUUUGAACUUCGUUUUGUUAUCUUAAUUUCAUCUUUCAAGCUUCUUAAUCAUUGAAUAAGAAGCAAUUCCUUUACAGGACUCUUGAAAAACAAGUAUUCUUGUUCAUCAUCACGUCUGAUCAAACAAGACACUUGGUAAUUGGUAUAAUAGUUAAAGGUCUUUCAUGCCUUUAUCUAGAACAUUAAUUUUUAAAUUACAUUGACUUACCCUGAAAGAGAACAUUAAGUUGUGCUUUAAGGUGAUGUUCUAGGCAUGGUAGAGUAAACUUAAAACAGAGCUUUAAGUAAC